GACCUCAAUACAUUUGGCUCAAGUCAAAUUCUGCGGGCGCGGCUUCGCGGUGCGCUUAGUGCGCUGGCCAUGAUUCGCCCGCCAAAGAAGACCAAUAUACCGGCGGUGAUUUUUGGUUUUGCUGUUCUGGCUACAAUUGGAACAGCGAGUUAUGCCGUCAUGAGCAGAAGUAUAGACAAGGAACGCAUGUUCCGUGGCGUGAUAUUUGAUAUUGAGCGCAUGAAGCAGAAAGCGCAGGAGUCUGAAAGCCAGGCAAAACGUGAGUGAUGCCAUGUCCUUUGUGACACUGAGCGCAUGUACAUAGCCCAUAGUCUCAGAUGGGGGAUCGAUUACCAUCCUCCACCCGUCAGCCAAUGCGGAAAA